AUGCAGUUGAUUGCUCGUGAAUUGGAUAAACUGAUCAUCUCCCAAGCCGGCCUUCUCGCCCAGAGGCGCCUGGCAAGAGGUGUGAAAUUAAAUUAUUCCGAAGCUGUGGCACUGCUCUCAAAUGUGCUGCAAGAGUUGAUGCGCGAUGGAAAGCAAACCGUCUCCGAACUCAUGUCAAUAGGAAAGCACAUCCUAGGCCGCCGGCAUGUUUUUCCAUCUGUGGUUGCAUCCCUCACCAUGCUGCAAGUCGAGGGAACCUUCACGACGGGAACGCAUCUGGUUACCGUCGACCAGCCUAUUAGUAGCGAGGAUGGAGAUAUCGAAAAAGCGCUGUACGGCAGUUUCCUACCAAUUCCGCCAGAGAGCUUGUUCCCAUCCUAUGCGGAAGCGGAAUACGAGUCGCUGAAGAUGCCUGGUGCGAUCUCGCCAGGAGAAGGAAUGAUCGAGCUCAAUCCUGGAAGAAAGCGCGCUCGACUAAGGGUUACGAAUAAGGGUGACCGCGCAAUUCAAGUUGGAUCGCAUUUCCACUUUAUUGAGUCGAAUCCAGAGCUGGAUUUCGAUCGCAUCAAGGCUUAUGGAUACCAUCUUGACAUUCCCUCCGGAAUGUCGACUCGCUUUGAGCCCGGCGAGAGCAAGACCGUAACUUUGACGCAGAUCAGUGGUCUUAAAACCAUCAAGGGUGGAAGCAGCAUUGCGACCGGAACCAUCGAUCUAUCGCAUACUAACAAGGUGCUGUCGCGACUUCAGGAGGAAGGAUUCCGACACACCCCCGAGGAUGCACCGGUUGAUGAUUACGAUAUUGGGCCUUACACGAUGGACCGACUAUCAUACGCUGCGAUGUAUGGACCAACCCUUGGGGAUUCUAUCCGGCUAGGUACUACAGAUCUGUGGAUCAAGAUCGAAAAAGACCACACUGCACAUGGAGAUGAAUGCACUUUUGGAGGUGGCAAGACCCUACGCGAUGGAAUUGGGCAAGCUGCGGGUCGUUCAGACAACGAGUGCGCGGAUCUUGUUUUGACUAACGCUAUUGUAAUCGACUGGACCGGUAUUUACAAGGCCGAUAUUGGAAUCAAAGAUGGCGUCAUAGUGGGAAUUGGAAAGGCCGGUAACCCUGAUGUGAUGGAUAAUGUGAAUCCAUCUUUAGUCAUUGGAUCAAACACCGACAUCAUAGCAGGCGAGGGCAAGAUUGUAACUGCUGGUGGUGUCGAUACACAUGUUCACUAUAUCUGCCCGCAACAAGCUGUCGAGGCGCUCACCUCGGGCGUCACAACCAUGUUUGGAGGUGGAACUGGUCCGAGUACGGCAACCGUUGCAGCAAACUGCACCCCAAGUAAGACGUAUAUUCGCCAGAUGAUGCAAGCACUAGACCAUCUGCCAGUCAAUUUCGGUGUCAUCGGAAAGGGCAGCGAUACCGGAAAACCAGGCCUUUAUGAUCAAUGUAAUGCGGGUGUCGCUGGUCUCAAACUGCACGAAGAUUGGGGUUGUACUCCUUCCGCAAUAGAUACGUGCUUGAGUGUUUGCGAGAAUUUUGACAUCCAGUGCCAGAUCCAUACCGACUCCUUGAACGAAUCUGGCUUCGUUGAGCGCACGGCAGCUGCAUUCAAGGGAAGGACGGUGCACGCAUAUCAUAUUGAAGGAGCCGGCGGCGGGCACGCGCCCGAUAUGAUCUCCCUCGUGCAACAUUCCAAUGUCCUUCCUAGUAGUACCAAUCCCACCAAGCCGUAUACCUGCAAUACAGUCGAUGAGCACCUGGACAUGGUCAUGUCCUGCCACCACCUGUCAAAGAAUAUCCCCGAAGAUAUAUCGUUUGCUGACAGCCGAAUUCGGUCAGAGACAAUUGCCGCAGAGGAUGUUCUUCAUGAUACUGGUGCUAUCAGUAUGAUGUCGUCAGACUCGCAGGCAAUGGGUCGAUGUGGAGAGGUCAUAGUCCGCGCCUGGAACCUAGCGCAUAAGAAUAAGGUCGAGCGUGGUCGACUUCCUGAAGAUGAGUCGCUCGGGGCGGAUAACCACCGAGUUAAGCGCUAUAUUAGCAAGUAUACGAUCAAUCCGUCCCUGGCGCAGGGAAUCAGUCACGUUGUUGGCAGUGUGGAGGUCGGCAAACUCGCAGAUUUAGUGAUAUGGGAGCCUGUCAACUUUGGCACGAAGCCAUUCCUAAUCCUCAAAAAGGGCUUUAUUGCUUCGGCUCAAAUGGGCGAUCCAAAUGCUUCCAUUUCUACAGUCCAACCGAUAAUUGCCCGACCAAUGUACUCUCCCCUCGUCCCGUCAAGCAGCAUAAUGUUCGUGUCCAAGGCCGGCCUAGAAAACGGUUCUGUGAAAUCGUACAACUUGAAGAAGCACGUCGAGGUCGUCAAGAACACUCGCACGAUCACCAAACUUGAUAUGAAGUUCAACAAUGCCACACCGGAGAUGAAGGUCGAUCCGGAGACUUUUACGGUUGUUGCAGAUGGGAAGGUUUGCGAGGCAGGAGCUGCUACGGAGGUUCCCCUUGCCCACCAGUGCUUUAUUUAUUAG